UAUUUCAUUUAUUCUAUACAUAAGGUUUUUCAAAAUCGAUGGCCACGCACGCCACUCAUAGUCCAUUCGUCCGCGCAUCAACCUGGCCGCCAUGAUCUCUGCGCUCGCUUGGGUACCCAAAGGCGCGUCGCGUCGCAUCCCGGAGAAGCUCAAGCUGACCGACGAUGAGGUGAAGAUGCUGCGUGAAGCUGCUACAGAGGAGGAGGAAGAGGAGCAGAGCUCCAUGGAGGCUGCAAUGGCAGAGGAGGACGCAGAGCAGCAGAACCAGGACGAGAAGGACAGCAACGGCCUGCCUGCGUCUUUCAAGAUGGACGAGUAUGACGAGGAAGAUGACGAUGCAGCCAUCAAUAAUUACCUUAGCGGUGGCGCCGGUGCUGUCGAGGAGGACGAGGACGAGGAGGAGGAUGAAAUGGCUGACCAGCCCGAUGAGGAGGGCAACGUGGCAAUGGAGGACGACGAGGACGAACAGGACGAUGAGCUGGAGAUGGACAAGGACGACGUAGAGAUCCGACCCACUGACAGCGUUAUCCUCGUAGCCAACACGGAGGAGGACUUCAGUAACCUCGAGGUGCAGGUCUAUGACGAGGAGAACGGUGCGCUCUACGUGCACCAUGAGAUCAAUCUGCCCGCCUUCCCGCUGUGUAUGGCCUGGAUGGACUGUGCUCCUGUCCCAUUGGACCCAACUACAGGUCCGGUGGACGGCAGCUUUGUCGCGGUGGGUACGUUCAAGCCUGGUAUUGAGAUCUGGGAUCUCAAUGUACUGGACGUGCUUGAGCCGUCAGCAACGCUCGGCGGUGAACAGGAUGAAGACCUGCGCGAUGUGGCAAUGCCCAAGGUGUCCAAGCGACGGAAGAACCGCAAGACGGCGCUCAAACCUGGUAGCCACCAGGACGCUGUCAUGUCGCUCGACUGGAACAGCAGCCACCGCAACAUGCUGGCCAGUGGCUCCGCUGAUUCUACCGUUAAGGUGUGGGAUAUUACGACACAGAAGUGCUUGUACACCAUGGCGCACCACAGCAACAAGGUGCAGAGUGUACGCUGGAAUCCGGCUGAGACUACGGUGCUUGCUAGUGCGUCUUUCGACCGGACGAUUGUUGUGCUGGAUGGUCGUCAGCCCGACGCUUUCUCUAAGUUUCAGUUGUCUGCCGAGGUGGAGAGCAUUGCGUGGGCGCCGCACAAUCCGAGCACCAUUGUAGCGUCUUCGGAAGACGGUGUUGUUGUGGGCUUCGACGUGCGAAUGAACGGCUCGGCUCCUCUGUUCCGUUUCGACGCACACGCUGGUGCCGUGUCAGCCAUUUCUUUUUCUGCCCAGGUACCUGGUCUGCUUGCGACUGCUGGCGUUGACAAAACUGUCAAACUCUGGGACCUCAAGGACAAUGCCCCUGUAUGCGUCACCUCCAAGGAGAUGAAUGUGGGUGAAUUGUUCACACUAUCAUUCUACCAGGACUCGCCGUUCAUGCUCGGCGUUGGUGGUUCUAAGGGUGUACUAGCGUUGUGGGAUACCUCGGAGAACGAAGGUGUCGAGCGCCGAUUUGGCUCUCGCGUGCAGGGAGCUGCCACGACUGCGUCUAGCGAUAUUUCGGCGUCGUUCCGGUCUCCGUACCAGCUUGGAGAAGAGUUGGCGCUCGAAGAAGAGCGUGAAAAACAGCAGCAGCAGGGCAAGAGGAAGUCAGGCAAGGGCAAGAAGGGCAAGAAAAACUAGAUAACCAUACACGAUGCAUCUCCACAACUGCCAAAAUCUAUUCUGUUGAUACUCUAUCCGCAGUAUCACGCUUUCCACAGUCGAACGUACCGGUCACUGCCGUAAGUGGCUACAAUAUUGCGGUGCGGAUGGUGGGCGAUGCCGAAUGCGUCUGCGUUACAGAUUUGCAUCGACGUCUCGAGUUCUCCAGUGGCUGCGGCAAAGCUUACGAUAAAGCCCUUGUCGGUCACGCCGUACAGCCACUUGCCACGCAUUGAGAGCGUGCAGGCAACAAAGUUUCCAACCUUCUUGUCGUUGAAUGGAUCUCCUUUGUAAGUCAGCAAAACUUCUCCCCCCAUUGACACGCGAAGCAUUUCACUGGUGCGUGUGCAAAUAAUGAUGUCUUCAUCCGUUCCAGACGCGAUAGGUGUCAGCAACGCACUCACGAUAUCCACUUCUGCAGUAUAGGACUCGCUGGGUGGUCGUACAGUCUGCAGACACUCUGUCGUCUUGGCAUUCCAGAUCUUCAGCGUGCCAUCACUGGACGUCGAUAUAACCUUGCUGCCGUUUGAUGAGAAGAAAGCCGUGUUGACGUAGCUCUGGUGGCCACGAAACUCC